CUUGACAUUUCACCUAUGUCCACCAUCAAAACAGAAAUAAAUAGCUUAUCUUGUACUGUUGUCUCAGCAGCUUGUCAAUUCAAAGAUAAUAUCAAAGUGGUUAUCUAUACUAUAGCUUUGGUGUUAACUAACAUAAAGCCUUCCGUCGGUGGGGUUCACAUACAUUUUUGAAACAAUCCUUACUGACAUGUAUUUUGUUUAAAAAGUGAGUUCAAAUUCACACUCACACACCCAGUCUGCAAAUUACAGACUGCAAUCUACACCGUCUACCUUUAUAAAUAUAUCUCAAUUUAAUUCAAAUGUCAUACCUCAUUAAUAACUGGAAAUACUGAAAUUGUGUUACUUCAGAAUAAGGCCAUUCAUUCUCCCUCUCCCAACAGCAAACAAGUAAUAACGUAACACAGGACAUCCAAGUCAAAAGCUACAGUUAAUCUUUAAUCUAAUGAAUACUUAACAAUAUGUAAUACAACUAACUCUCCCAAAUUACUUCGAUUAUUGUUGUGAUGUCAUGUCGGUUAAUUUUGAUCAAAGGAGGUGGCGUUUGCUGGGAAAACGUACAUUCCAAAUGAUAGUAUUUUUGUGAUUUAUUUUGGAAUUUUGAUAAAUGAGGUCAGCAGUGAGCGUAAUCCUAUCUGGAUCGGCGCCUGAUCAAAAUAUGUCCUACCCAGACUAUGACCAAACGCCUCAUGAUCAUUCUGCCCUCCUUGUCGUCGUUCGGCACAUAGGGCGUCAACUAAGGACAAAACAGUUUAAUAGGGCAUUCGAACGUAUUUCUCGUGUAAAUCAAAUUAAAUUAAACGAUUCUCAAGGAAAUCCUCGUCAAAUUUGGGUACGAUACUUGCGUGGUUAUCCUGGAGAGCAAAAUGAUUGGAGUGAUUUCCAAACUCAUCGAAAAGCACUGGGCCUUAUAUCAGUUGGACAAUGCAAUUCUCAAGACGAAUUUAACGAAUUGUGCCGAAUUCACGAGCAGGCCAAAGUGGGAUAUGCUUUUACUUUAUAUGAUUCGAGAUGUAUUUUACUUGGGCUAAAUCCGGAUGGAACACUAUACGAAGGUUCCCACUCGUCGGACGUUAGUCCUUGUGUUGAUGGUGAAGACGAUAGAGUUCAUCACUCUGUUUCAGUUUUUAACAACAAAUCCAAAAUUGAAGGAUCUGAUUCGAACUUUAACGAUCCAGCGAGAAACUGUAGCUCUGGCAUAGCUUCAUCAUCCGAAGGGAUCGGCACUGGUGCAGAGUCUCUUCCAUCAGAAGAUAAUGCUUCAAUGUCUUCCUCCCUGUCCCUGCCCAGUGCCGUAUGCGGUGACGAUACCCGGAAAAGUCCUAGCUCGGAUUCUCUUCAGAAUUAUCUAGCAUCCGGUUCAGUUGAAGAAAGUGAGGCAACAGAUUCCACCAGUGAAGAAACAACAUCCAAAGAGUCCACUAAUUCAAUUGGGACAGGCAUCCCUUACUCCUCAAUGAGAGAAUCAGAAAAUCCAAUAUUGGGCUUGUCCACGGACCCUGACUCUAGGUCACAGAGUUCAGAAGGAAGAAAUUCUUUAAUCGCACCUUCAAAUUUUAAGGCACGAACAUUAUUUUACCCAACAAUGGACCAGAGUCAAAAUCUGGAGACAGACAUUCUAGAAUUCAUUUCCAGUUUAUUUUGGGUACUAGAAUCCAAAAGGUUGGACAAAUUAGCGGUCAGAAAAGCGGAUAGAACACUUCUCUUGUCAUCACUUUGUGCCCCAUUUGAGAAAAAAGAUUUCGUUGGAUUAGAUUUGGAAUCACGUUGGAAUAAACGAAGAGCUGACGGCAGACUUAAGAAACAACUGGGUGACUUGAGCUUGCAAGCCGGAUUGGCGUCAGAAUCGAUAACUCAUUAUCAAGCUGCAAUUGAAAUUCUCAAGUCUGUGAAUGACUGGCUUUGGUUGGCUGGUGCAUUAGAGGGACUAUGUUCAGUAUCUGUAUGUUGCAUGUAUCCGCAAUUGCGAAAAGCUCUACCUCUUCAGCGCAAUUCAUCUCUGCAAGGGGCGGAUAUGGUCAAAUAUAAAAAUCUAUCAGGAUCAUCCUCAUCCAGCUCUUUGCCCCCAGGAUUAGAACCAGAAAGCCUAAGUGGAAUGAGACCUCCGAUAAAAAAUUGCUUAAGCCCUCAAGAUUUGCUAGAUAAGUACAGAGAAGCUGUUACGCACUAUGGGAAGUAUCGUCAAGCUGGAGUUAUCGAGACGGAGGCAUCAAUUAAAGCGUCACUGGUUCUUAUUGAACAACGACAAACACUUGCAGCUGCAGAAUUUCUACAGAAUGCAGUUUUUAUUAGUCUGCAGCUCACAGAGGAUGAAAAGAUGCAUCGAUUUAAUGCACUUGCGGAACUCUAUACAAGACUGGGAUUUCAUAGAAAAGCCGCCUUUUUUAAACGGGUCGCAGCAAUGCGAUGUGUAUCACCUCAUAAUCCUCAUCCGAACUGGGCUCUUUGCCAUUCUUUACUACUUCAACAAGAAGGGUACAAAAUUUCUUUAAAUCCCAGUGAAAACUCCAUUUUUGGGUUUUAUGGAUGGCCACGGCUACAAAUGCAAGUUAUGCAAGAGCUGGUUGGCACAGCCAAGCGCAAAGGAAAUAGUGCCUUGGCUACUAAGCAUAUGACUUUACUGGUUCACACGAUGCUUCCACAUAUGACAAGAGAUGAAAGACGGGAUUUUUCACAGCAGCUGGAAAUACUUUCGAAAGAGGCGGAAGGACUCCCAGUGCCACUUGCAAUAGAAAAUGGAGUGAUAAUUCCACCUGUGAAUCUCACCCUUAUACCCUACGUUAAACUUUUCAAACUAAUUGCUCCAACACCUCACUUGAAGCCUCAAAAAAUUGUGGAAAGGAAGCCCACGGAUGAAAUCAGUCCAUUCGUGUACACUCCAUUCAAUCGUGACAAAACUGUCAAAGAUAUUACAAAAGCUGAUUUCAACUGGGUCGAAGGUGAAUUAUGUGAAGUUAAUGUGAUUCUUGAGAAUCCUCUACCGGUGGAGUUGAAAGUUUCGUCAAUGUGCUUAAUAACCGAGGGGGUAAAAUUUCAUGUAAAUUCUAAUGUAAUCUCUGUUCCUGCGGAAUCUUCAAUGUUCCCUGCAACUCUUACUGGGAAGCCUUUGGAACCGGGGAUUUUAAGGAUAAUUGGCUAUUCAACCUAUACUCUUGGUGUUAAGUCAAAUAUUCGACUCAAAAGUUUACAGAAUAUGCCAUUCCCAUAUGUUGACAUAGAAGUAGAUCCUGCACUUCCAGCGAUUGAGAUUCAAACAUCCAAGGCGAAGUCAGAUUGCUUCAGCUCUUUAUCAGAUUCCAUUGUUACUAGUGCUAGUAUUUCUAUGCUCAUGGGCGAAAACCAAGAAUGUACCGUGACGAUAGCCAAUGUUGGGAAAGUACCAAUCGAAUUGCUUGAGUUGACACUGGACGUGCAGGGAGACAAACGGGCAUUUGAAAUCUUCAAGUGGAGUGACGAAAACAUUGUCUCUCAACUACCCAUACAACCUGGUGCGAAUGCAAGCUUUACAAUUUACGUCUAUGGAGCGGGCGAAUUUAUUGGACAACCAGACUGUCAUUCCGGAGACAGCAGUAGUGUUUCCUCACUUCCAAUGACAAGUAAUGCCUCAGAUGGACCUAGUUCCCUGCCUUCUAGACUUGGUGCUAUUUCUGAUCGUUUAAGGUCGAAGAGGACGGAAUCCUCGGCAUCUAAUAGAUCCAGUGUCAAAAGUUUUAUGAGCAGUAAUAUCUCGGUGGCGUCAAAUAAAAAUCCUAAGUUGCCCAUUUCUUCUCAAACAAAGAAUUACGAAGCGGUGUUAAAACUAAAAUAUUCUGGAGGACCUGGCCAUCAAACCGGACAUUUUAGAACUUGUGGGAUUGCACUAAAUGUGGAAGUAUCCCCUGCUGUUUUUAUUACAAAAUGGGAUACUUUGCCUGGAGAUUCGCCCUCACAAUUCUAUCUUGUUCUUGACGUGUGUAAUGUUACUCAACAUGAAAUGGAGAUUCACUAUGCUAAAACAAAGCAAAUUCUUGUCGAAAAAGGAGAUACUUGCAGAAUUCCCGUACCAUUGGAUAGAUGUUCAUUAACUAAUGUAGAAAAGGGUACUUAUUGUAAAGAGGAGUUUGCUUGCUGCGAACACAUUGUCACAAACGUGGACUUAAAGUGGAUACUUCCUGAGUCCUCAGGAAAGGCAACACUGCAUGGAAUCACUCUUACCCAGGCGAUGGUCCAACUUGUAACCGUGUCUCCUAUUCAAUGGGAAAUAACCGUUAAUGGUGAAAGCGUUAAACCAGAAGAAAUGAGGUUUGAAGCUGGAGAGAUGAUUAAUGUCAACGUCUGGUUGCGAAAUCAUUUAAAAGAAUCCCUUGAAGACUUGAACCUGUCUCUAGAUUGCUUCCAAGAUUAUCAAAAUGGCAGAAUUAAUAAUCGUCUUGACUCUAGAUUUGCCGUGAUUGGAAACGAUUCCGUGCUAAUACCAAAGAUUGGGCCGGGAAGUUCUUUUCAACAUUCAUUAUCUUUAAUAUUUUUUGUGGGUGGGAUGUACAAGAUUGACUUUAAAUGCAACAAAAAAGACCUCGAGGAUCUAGAGUAUAAAUAUAAUCCUCCAUUAGAUUUAAUGAUUCAAUGAUUUAUUAUUAUUAAUUAUAUGUGCGGUUAAGUAACAAUCAUCAUGUUUUUACGAUUGGUGAAGAGAACAGAGGGAAGCAAACAGUAACGUUGACGCAUACAUGUCACAAAUAAAGAAGCAAUUUGUUUAAAUUAACAAAUAAACCUCUUAUCCGAAAGAAUUA